AUGGCAUCCUUCUUCAAUUUUGCCGCUCAGCCUGUAGAGGUCGAGAUCAAGCUCACCGGCGAAGAUGAUAGACGUCAAGUAGAAGUCAAAGGUGAAAAGGACAAGAAGGAGAUGUGUCCUGUAUACUAUGAUGGAGAGAGUGUGACGGGUCAAGUGAAUGUCAGAGUUAAAGAUGGGAAAAAGUUUCAACAUGAUGGUGUGAGGAUAGAACUGAUAGGGUCGAUUGAGCUGUUCUAUGACCGAGGAAACCAUUACGAGUUCGUCUCUAUGGCUCAGGAGCUGGCUUCGGGCGGUGAAUUGAGGCAAGCUCAAACGUACGACUUUACAUUCAAAAAUGUGGAAAAGCAAUAUGAAUCGUACUCGGGAAUCAAUGUCAAGCUAAGAUACUACCUCCGUGUGACCUUGGCGAGAAGAAUGGGCGAGGUCCUCAAGGAGCGGGAGAUCUGGGUUCAUUCGUAUCGGAUGCCGCCGGAUUCCAACACCAGUAUCAAGAUGGAGGUCGGUAUUGAAGAUUGUCUGCACAUUGAAUUUGAGUACAACAAGGCGAAAUAUCACCUGAAAGAUGUCAUCGUUGGCAAGAUUUACUUUCUUCUAGUACGGAUCAAAAUCAAACAUAUGGAGCUCUCCAUUAUCCGACGAGAGACCACAGGAUCAGCUCCCAACGCAUAUAACGAAUCAGAGACCAUAACAAAAUUCGAAAUCAUGGAUGGAGCACCUGCGAGAGGAGAGACCAUCCCUAUCAGGUUAUUCCUUGGUGGUUUCGAAUUGACUCCGACAUUCCGAGAAGUGAACAAGAAGUUUUCGACGAGGUAUUAUCUCAACUUGGUACUGAUCGAUGAAGAGAAUAGGCGGUACUUUAAGCAACAGGAGAUCACCAUAUUUAGAAUACCGGAGAACUAG